AUGAAGAUGAUGAUGGACGAGGUGUUCCUCAGCCGGCUCAAUCGGCGGAAAGGCGUUUUCAUCGCCAUGGGCCUGCUGGUUCUUUUCGGCUUGGCGAUUCACAUGUGGGGUUUCUACUUUGCCGAAGCCAUCGAGGCUCUACCAACAUUCAAGGACCCAGCUUCAGAGCAGCCGCCUCAAAAGACCGCCCCGGUCCCAGCCCCGGAUGACAUGUCAGGAUUGAUGCACGCGCUGUGGAAGCCUUUUCUGCACGAUCUUAAUGAGACAAAAUUCGUUUCCAAGGAGGGGUACAAUUACGAGAUUGCCAAGGACAACUACCGAUGGAGGAAGCCGCUCGGCAAGAAGCUGCUCAUUCUCGAUGUCGACACUCGCGUGGAUGAGGGAGUCGGUGCUAUGAUGAACACGUCCAAGUUGAACCCCAAGGAGAUGGUUGGACGAACUGGUGGAAUGAUGAAUCACUACCUCUAUGCCAUGAUUCACGGCUACGAUUAUCGAUUCAUUCGAGCCCCUAACUACUCUGACCGACAUGGCACAUGGGUCAAGGUGCCCAUGAUCCAGGAAGCCCUCAAGACGCACGAGUUUGUCGUCUUCCUCGACGCCGAUGCCGUCUUCAUGUAUCCCCACAUGCCCUUCGAGUGGCUCAUGUCCCUCUGGAACAUCACCGAAAACACCCUCGUCGCCAUGGCCAGCGAUCCCGACUCCCCCCGCAACCGCGACCACAAGGGCAAGCCCAUGUGGAACACUGGUUUCGUCGUCGCCCGCCAGAGCGAGCGCACCCAGGAGCUCUUCACCAACUGGGAGGCCUGUCCCACCGAGAAGAAGUACGACGGAUGCAAGAAGUGGGCAAAGGAUUGGGCGCACGAACAGGCUGCAUUUGCCAACUACGUUCGCUACGAUUACGAUUCCGACGAGGAGCUUCGACCUAUUCCCUGCAUGGACGGCAACGGUGCCCCGUACAUUGGCGACAAGUCUUGCGGAGGUGUCUUUGUGAGGCAUCACUGGUUCCACAAGGAUUACCCCGUUGGCGACCUUCACCAGGCCAUCCUCGAGGCGUUUGUGAACCGCCUGCACGACGGUUUUCACCAGGACAAGAAGAAGACGUUCCUGGAUGCGAGCAACAAGAGCUACCCUCUGAACCGGUUACAGGUUUAA